AGACUGGCUAUAAGAAGAAGUUACACAGCCAUGUUCAGUUCCCAGAUGUUUUGAACAUGAAUGAAAUCCUGAAAGAUGAUAUAAAUGAUGAGAAAAAUGCACCUGUGUAUGAGCUGACGGCAGUACUGAUGCAUCAUGGUACAAGUGCCUACUCUGGACAUUAUGUGGCUCACAUCAAGGACAAAGAGACUAACACCUGGUACAAGUUUAAUGAUGAAGAUAUAGAAAAAAUGCAGAAUAAACUGAAGCUGUCUGGUGAAGACGAAACAUCCAAUGAGCCUGGCGAGAAACCUGCUAAAAGGCCAAAGUGCUCCAAGGGAUAUCACACGUCAAGGAAUGCUUACAUGUUGGUCUAUACAAGGAAAACUGAUGAAGACAUGCCAAAACCAGUGGUUGAGGUGCCUGAGCAUUUACAAGAAUUGGUUGCCAAAGACAACAGCAAAUUUGAAGAAUGGAUUACAGAAAUGAAUAGGAUGAAAGAUGACAUGGUUUCCAAAGGCAAAAACCUUCAGGCAGAGGUCCAGUCAGUCCUUCAGAUGUUACCUGCUGUGGGAGAUAAUUAUGAGUGGAUUUCAAGUGAAUGGUUAAGAAUAUGGUUAAAUGACAGAAUAGAAGUCAAGCCUCCUAUUGAUCAUUCCUCUCUUCUUUGUAGCCAUGGAAAACUCAACCCAGAAAAAGUUCCUAAUGCCAAGAGAAUAAGCACCAACGCUGCUGAUUGGUUUUAUGCAAAAUUUGGAGGAUUUCCUAGGCUGCAAAGAGAUUCUCUGUGCUUUGACUGUGUCAAGUCAGUCUGCAGUCAAAUCAGAUUCAAGUUCAGACUAGCAGAGGACGACAAGGCAAUCAAGGCCAUCUUGAAGACCAAGGUUGUUCCACAGAGAGUUGGCAAUUGGUUUUGGAUAGGCAAAUCCUCUCUUUUCAGUUGGAAAAAGCUGGCCACUUUAGCCGACAAUGCUAAAAACACAGGCAGGAACCCCUUAGAUGAAUCAGGAAUGAUUAACAAUGCACCAAUACAACAGGCAACUGAGCGUGAUACUUGUAUAAGCACAAAUGGAUCUCCUGUUAACACCAGCAGGAAGCGAAAAAAUAAGUCCAACACUUGUGAGGAAGAUGAUUCGUUAUCCAAAGAAGAUGGGCUGAAAGACUUGAGUGCUGUCAAGACGAUGAAUAUGGAUACUGACUCCUGCACUGGUACUAAUAACAGAGGAGUUGGGUCGUGCCAGAUGGACGAGUCUACCAGCAUGGAGGAUGGCAGUAGGAUGAAUGAAUCGAGUGAAGAGGAAGAAGAGGAUUUGAUGAAGUUUAAUGAAGAUCUAAUGUGUGAACAUGGUAAUCUCUCAGCAAAUGCUACAUGUCGGAAACUCAUCCAAGAAUCUAUUUGGCAAAGAUUGCUGUACUAUUUUGACUCGGCGCGUGAGUUCCCUGAAGACCAUCCUAUCUGUCAACAAUGUCAGGUAGAAAGCGAAGACGAGCGUAAAAUCCAAGAAUUGAACAAAGCUCGAGCCACCGAAGAAAGGGUAGCUCUCAGUAACUUGUAUUAUAACAAGCACAGGCCUGAUCUUCAUAACAAUGACGAGGAGCACAGUAAAUUAUGUGUGUACGCUGUUAGUAACUCAUUUCUAGACCGAUGGCGGUCGUUCCUACGAAACUGUUUCAAAUGUCCUCGACCAGACUCCAUCAGUAACGAGGAUCUGUUAUGCCCUCACCAACGAUUCAUGUUCAACCCUGAACUCAGGGACGAAGAUGGUGCUCGAGAAGUAUUCAGUUAUUUAUUCAAAAACGAAUGGGAUUUGAUCUCCACCAAGUACCCUUACGAUGAAAUAAUCACCGUUACUAAGGAAACGACCGAGGAUAAAGAAAAACCUAGCUUCAUAACCUCUCCAGAAAUCUGUGAAGACUGUCACGCGUCACGCAUGCUCGAGAAAGCCCGCUCGUUUGAAAACUAUCGUCACGCAACGAUAUUCGUGCGUAAAAUCACUGAUGAACACGACCCCAAUGAAAUACAAAGACGCUUCGAUGAGGAGGUAACGGAUCCUGACUCUCCACAAGAUCCUGAUUAUAGCUCCUCAGACAACAAGCAGAAAAGUAGUUCUGAAAACUCCAAGAGACGUAGUUCAAGACAUCGUAAACAGCGUGGUGAGAUCAACCUUACCGUCAAUUCCAAUCAGACGCUCAGGGAUAUUAAACUAGAGCUGAUGAAGUCGUUUUCAGUAAUGCCAAUGGACCAACAUCUCAGUCUGAAGAGCACCCCCCUGACUGAUGACGCUGCGACUCUCAGUCGAUUGGGAGUUCGACCUGGAUGUUUGUUAAUGCUUAAGUUGGAUCAACCACAAGGUGGUGGACAUCCUGAAACUCUCUUAGCGGCAUCUACUGCUCCAGAAAAGGGAUUUCAAGGAACUGUGCUUCUAGGUCACUGAAUCCAAGGUCACCAUAUAGCUUAUAUUUAUUACUAUUACGCAAGAUUCAACAGUAUAUCAGAUCUGCCCAAAAUAUAGACGAAACGGGCUGCAAACCUGCCACAGAAACACUGGAACAUUUUAACUAGAGUACAUGAUUUGUUCUAGUGCAAUUGAGAGAAUUUGUCAAUGUAUAGUUACUAGAAUGUAUAUCUGUAUAAAAAAGUGAAAUUGUAUUAAAAGCAAGAUAAUUUGGAUGGUA